AGGUAAAUGCAAUAGAUGUCGCUGGUCAAAGAGAACGCCCAAGCAAAAUUUUGGCCUCACUUGCAUUGGUUGCUGCCCAUCAUGAGGUUACACGUAGUAUUUCUAACAGUUCUAAUCGGGCACGCUGCAAGUAAACCCGACAAGUGCCAAUCAAUAUGUGACGUGAAAGUCCCCCAAAAACUGGGAACCAAUUGCGUAUUUGUGGCUGUUUGCUGGAUGCCGCUUUCGAAAUGUGAAGAGGAUAUUACAAAUUGCUAUGCCAAAGAUGAGGGAAGGACCGAAAAAAUCGAACCUUGCGAUGGCAAACCGAAUUUAUGUACUAGAAAGUAAACAAGGCUCAAGUAAAGUAUCUCCCCGAACAAGGGCCAAAAGAAGGAUAAACACAGUCGGAUCCCUCUGCUGAUCCGUUGUCUGGGCCUUAAUUUGUUUUUUAUUUCACGCCCGUUCACUUUUUUUUCAACGAAAUAUUAAUAAUUUGAUAAUAUUA